AAAAGCCCCAACGUUCAUUCCAUGUUCCCGACCACCUCUCAACCCAAUUAGCUAUGAUCUUCUCCAGUUCGUCAAGCCCAACUCCGCCGCAACUACGUACCCUCCACUUCUCCUUCGCCUCAACAUCGCAUCCAGUCUUCGGCCGCUCGACAAGUUUUUUUUGUUGUUCCGUUCCUUUCCCCCCUCUAUUAUAUGUUUUGGUAACUCCUUGUAACAUUUUGUUGUUAAUUUUGCUGUUUCCAUAUCAUUUUCUCUGUUUAUUGCUGUUCUUAUACCCAUUGCGAAAUAUCCCUCCCCUU